UAUAACCAACUGCAGCGUCAUCUGUGGUGCAGCUGCUGCUAGCCUGCUACUAAUAGUAAUUGCUGCACCAGAUGCAAUAUACAUAUGAUACAUAUAUUUCUCUACUCAUAACAAAAGAUAAGUUUAGGCUACUCUGUCAAAAUUGCACACCCCAAAGCAAGCUUCUCAUGUCUUGCUGCACCACUCUUCCUUCCUGCGAUUGUUUUCGUAUACAUACAAUGUUACGCUAUCAAUUCUCCUAAAACUGCAAGUCGGUAUAAAAAGGGCUUAACCGAAUCAUAUUAUAUAUAUAUAUUAAUAUUAUCAUAAGCACUACACUUGCGACCUGCUGUUAGUAAGAGACAAAAUUGAGAAGCAGUACCUAAAAGUGUUGCUGUUAGGCUCUCCCUUUCUCUCACAAAACAGACUAAAUGUCUAAAUGUGCUAAACUUUUUCACAAUCAGGCCUACAAAAACUUUUCACCUGUCCACUCCCAACUCCAUGUUUCAAACCUUUACAUUUUCAAAACCUAAAGCUCAGACCAUAUCUUUGUCCUUACAACUCCCAGAGAAAAUCACAAAAUAAAGAAAUAGCGUACAUGGCUCAUCCGAAUCUCUUGCGAGACGUGUUGAGAGAAGAUCAAGAACCAUUUCAACUCCAUCACUACAUCGCUGACAAGCAUUGUAUUAAUUUAUACAAGCCAACAUUUCAUCAAACAUCAUCCUUAAACCUUAACCUCUGCACAAAAUCAUGCUUCAAGCCACCGCUCUUCCAUUCUGCGCGUAAAAGACCAUCCAAGCCCCGAACCCGUGCCAUAAAUAUUGGAUUCUGUUCGUAUUUGAAGAGGCUCUGGGAUAAAAACAAGGCCAGAAAAUCUAGUGAUAAACUGGAAGUAAAUAGUGAAGAUGCUAGGCUUAGCACUGUGGGAUGGUCCGAGAGCAAUGAAGGCAAGUCACUGGAUAUGGAGAGCUCUUCUAGUAGUUCAACAUAUGAUUAUGCUGAUAUACAUUCUUGUGAAAAUAAAUGUAGCUCAAGCCAGCCUUUUUGUUUCGCACUUCAGAGGAGCUCUUAUGCUGAUCACACACCUGACUUCUUAUCUCCGGUCGCCUCCCCAAUUUCCCACGAUAAACAGCACAAUUAUGAUGAAGCGGAAAGUUUACAGAAAAUUCAAGUAGAAAAGGAAGAGGAAGAAGAAAAAAAUCAAUGCAGUCCAGUAUCUGUACUGGCCCCACCAUUCCAAGAUGAUGAUGAACAACACAGAGGAGAUGAGGAAGAUAGUGAAUUUGAUACUGAGCGCAGCUACGCAAGUGUGCAAAGGCUGCGCAGGUUUCAGAGAGUGGCAGAGUUGGAUCCGGUGGAGCUGGAAAAAACAAUGUUGGAAGAUGGCGAUGAAAUAGUGGUCAUAGUGGAAGAACAACUACACAAUCAUGUCAACUACCCAGAAUCUUUCGACAUGGAAGAAAAUGUUAAUGAGGUUGUUAGACAAGUGUUGAGCAGAUCAAAGCAGUACGAUGAAAACAAGAUAUCCUCAGACGUGAGACAGCUGCUCUUACAACUCAUCGAUGAAGAGAAAAAGAGUGGACCGGAUGUAGUAGUGAGUAGGGUGUGUAAGAGGUUAAAUGAAUGGAAACAAGUGAAAUCGAACACCAUUGAUAUGAUGGUGGAGUUGGACUUGAGAAAAGAUGUUGAUGUUUGGAAGCUGUACGAGGAGGAGGUACGAGAUAAGCUGGCUAGGGAAAUUGAGUCUGCCAUCUUUGGCUUACUGCUGGAGGAAUUAGUUUUCUAGUUGGAAGAACAAGUCUCUCUGUGGUAAGUUAGUUUUAAUGCAGAUAAUUUUUGUCCGUUCAUUUAUUCCAUGAACCGGGGGUCUGAAAUUAAGUCUUGAUUAGUGAGAGGUAGCUAGGUAGAUUAGUGCAAUGAAAUGCAUCUCUUGUGAUGUGAAUAUAUCUGUAAAAACUCUCUACUUUGGCAAUGUAACUAUUUAAGUAGCUAAAAUACAUGCAUGGAAACAACAAUAUUAUGUAACAAAAUACCAUUCACUAA